AUGGGUCUUUUUGAUUUUCUACCUUCUAGAACCAGCCUGGAACUGCCACCUCCUUUUAUACCUCAUAAAGGAGAGAGUCCUGAACUCCAGAUGGAAUCGCUCCUUUAUCUUUUCAAAAGACUACGAAUCAAUCGGUUGUCUUCAUUUUCUCAGGGAAACACCCUCAAAUAUUCAGAUAACAAAGAAGAAUCCAUUCAAGACUCAGCCCAGGAGCCUGAAGUAAGCCGCUGGGACAAAAUUUAUCAAACGACAGAAAUGAAGCGUCGAUUGUUAGGCCAAAAGGAAAGGGUUUUGAUCGACUGGCUGAAAAAUAAGUUUCGGUCUUUGUGCAUACUUCAAAGGGAGCCGGGACCAUCACUACGAAAUAAAGACUACGAGUUAGAGGAUGGCUUCCCAGUAUUUAAGGACUAUAAAGAUAGGAAAACGGGUUCAUUUGUCUUCUUUGUUAUUCCUAUCGAUCAGCAAUUGAACUUCACAGAAUUGGCCUUUGAAUUGGCACAAUCUACCCUAUACGUUGAGCACCAUUCCUACGUCUCUGUUGCAGCCCGAAUUCAAUGUGCGAAAGAAGCAAUUAGCAAAUGUUUAGGACAAAAGUUCACUAGUGAAUCGGUGGUUAUACUUUCAGAGGAAACCCACACGCAAGUAAUCUCCGCAUAUGUCUCAUCAUUAGCCUUUAUCGUGCAAUUGUUUCGGAUAUAUGACCUGCAUAUCAAACAUAAUAGUGACUCAAAGGUAUCUGCUAAACCUUCACUAUCUCUGAAAAGUUCUUUCUCCUUUGCUUCAAAGGAAUCGCCAUCUAAACCACAGUCAAGAUCAAACUCACCAGUGAAAGCGAGAGGAUCAUAUGCAGUAUACGAGUCUCUGAAUGAUACACCCUCUUCUCCAACAAAGACAUUAGGCUCAAAAAAAUCUCUUGCGAAUUUGCGGAAUACACGGUUGGAAAACAAGCCGUCUAUAUCUAAUCUUCGGGCAAAUGAGAUAUACAACCCAGUUGCUGCCCCUGUGUCUCCAGAAAGAAGAAGUUCCCCAGGCCGUAUGCAGGCCCUGGAUCAUUCUUCACUUUAUGGUCGUGAAGUCCAGCCCGAGUUGUGGGAAAAGUGCAAACAGUCGAUAAACGAGAAACUUAGAAUAGAAGCUCAAGUGAUAGGGUGA